GAAGAUUCACCACUACCACCACAAUAUCAUUUGAACUCAUCUUAAUUUAGAGAGAGAGAGAGAGAUGGAAGGAGAGAGAGGCAGAGUAUGCGUUACAGGGGGGACUGGGUUCGUAGCCUCGUGGCUGAUCAUGAAGCUCCUGGAGCAAGGCUACUCUGUUAACACGACUGUUAGACCUCACCCAGAACACAAGAGGGACGUUAGCUUCCUGACGAGUCUACCAGGAGGAUCAGAGAGGCUAGAAAUCUUCUAUGCAGAUUUAAGUGAACCCAGCGGCUUUGACGUGGCUAUUAAAGGAUGUAUUGGGGUCUUUCAUGUAGCUUCCCCAACUCUAGAUUUUGGAAAUGGAGAACCUGAGGAAGUAGGUAUCCAACGAGCAACUGAUGGAACAAUAGGAAUCUUGAAGGCUUGCUUGAACUCAAAGACAGUGAAGCGAGUUGUGUUGACUUCUAGUGCAUCAGCGGUAGUUUAUAAUGGCAGUGGUGUGGAGAUGAUGGACGAAGCUUACUGGAGCGAUGUUCAUUAUAUCAAAGCCUCAAACUUGCUCCUAGGCCCUUACUUUGUUUCCAAAACUUUAACGGAGAAAAGAGCUUUUGAAUUCGCACAAGAACAUGGAUUGGACCUUGUAACUUUAACCCCAACCUACAUUCAUGGCCCCUUCAUCUGUCCACACAUGCCUUUUUCAGUUCGCAUUUCCUUGGCAAUGUUGCUGGGUGAUCGGGAACAGUACGGGUCACUCAUUAACGCACCCAUGGUACACAUUGAUGAUGUGGCUAGGGCACAUAUUUUCCUUCUUGAAUAUCCUGAAGCAAAAGGGAGGUAUAUUUGUUCUAAAGACGCUAUAACACUUGAAGAGAUGUCUGAAUUUCUUUCUGCCAAGUAUCCUGAGUACUCAAUACCAACAUUAGAAUAUCUGAAGGAGGUUAAAAGGCCAUUAGACCCAACUACUGGAUACUGGUUUCGAAUACAAGUAUGGGAUUAACGACAUGUUUGAUGGAGCAAUUCAAUGCCGCAAGGAAAAAGGUUCUCUCUAGUUCAUACUAGGCUUCUAUGAAAAAACUACAAGUUCUCCGGUGUGUUCUAGUUCAACAAGAGUUGGAUUCGUAUUUAUAGAAAUAUUACUGACGUGUAUUCUUCGGCCUCCGUGAAACCACCAAUACAAUUUUCAGUGUCAAACAGUGGAAACCAGAUACUGAAAAGGAAUAAAAUGAAGAUUUUGUGGAA